UCCAUGGAGAAUAAAACGAAGGUGAGUGAAUUCAUCCUGCAAGGACUAACCAGUGCCCAAGAACUGCAGGUUCCCCUCUUUAUAAUGUUCAUGCUCAUCUACCUCGUCACUCUGAUUGGGAAUCUGGGGAUGAUCAUGUUGAUCCUGCUGGAUUCUCGGCUCCACUCUCCCAUGUACUUUUUCCUCAGUAACCUGUCUCUGGUGGACUUUUGCUACUCAUCAACUGUCACUCCACAGGUUUUGGGUGGGCUGCUUAUUGAAGACAAGGUCAUCUCCUACAAUGCGUGUGCUGCUCAGAUGUUCUUUUUUACAUUCUUGGGUACUGUGGAAUGUUAUCUCUUGGCUUUAAUGGCCUAUGACCGCUACGCAGCAGUGUGUAAACCCCUCCAUUACACCACCAUGAUGACUGCAAGUGUGUGUGCUCAUCUGGCCAUAGGCUGUUAUGUCGUUGGUUUUCUGAAUGCUUCUAUCCAAACUGGAGACACCUUCUGCCUCUCUUUCUGUAUGUCCAGUGUGAUCCAUCACAUUUUCUGUGAUGUUCCAGCAGUCAUGACUCUGACUUGCUCUGGGAAGCACAUUAGUGAGCUGAUCCUUCUUCUUAUUUCAAGCUUUGACGUCUUUUUUGCACUUUUUGUUAUCUUGAUUUCCUACCUGCUCAUAUUUAUCACCAUUUUGAAGAUGCACUCAGGUGAGGGAUAUCAGAAGGCUUUAUCUACCUGUGGCUCUCACCUCAUUGCAGUUUCCUUAUUCUAUGGAACUGUUAUCAUCAUGUACUUACAGCCCGGCUCCGGUCACUCCAUGGACACAGGCAAAAUUGCAUCUGCGUUCUUCUAUACUAUGGUUAUCCCCAUGCUGAACCCUAUAGUCUACAGCCCGAGAAACAAGGAGGUCAACAGUGUGUUCAAGGAGGUUAUAGAAAAGGCAAAACAUUCUCUAGGUUUGGUAUUUUAA